AUGGCUGGGAAGAACAAGAAUCCCGCUCCCCGAAACGUCGAAGCGAUCGCACGCGACAACCAGCUUAACUCGCCUCUACUGCACCUCCCAGCCGAGCUUCGCAACAGGAUCUACCAUUUCACCUUCGACACGAAUGAAGUAGUCCUUAUACUGCCUGGCUAUAAGGACCCGCCAGGCUUUUACUCUCCACCUCCAACGUCUAAUCCGCUAGGCCUAGCACAAACCUGCACGCAGUGUCGUUACGAAGCACUCCCAUACUUCUGGAAAACAACUGUGUUUCAGCUGGGAUAUGAUGUAUACUUAUCAGGGAGCUUUGAGUUCGCAAGUCAGGCUGUAAUCGACCAGAUUCAGAUCAUUCGUUAUGGAGACAGAAAUGAUUGGGAACCAGUACGGCGUUUGUCUCAAAACCUUUUUCUAGGAACAUUCGCUGUGGUGCGAAAGGUCCUUAUGCAGCAGGAGGAUAAAGAUACGAGUUCUAUAGAGAUGCUCCUGAGGAGGAACUUCGGGAAGGAUAUCGAGAUCUGCUAUUAUAAUGACUGA